AUGAGAUCGAUUCUAAUUCUAACUGUUGUUGUUGCUUCCGUCAGUGCUUUGCCAACCCUUUUGAAACAACCAAUAGAGUUGAGAAAAAUAUCAUAUUUUCCGAAACUACCGCUAGGCUUACCUUUCGGAGGUGAAACUCUACCAGGAAAAAUAGGAGGGGAAAAAAUUCAAACACAGACUCAACCUGAAGAUUCAAGCGAUGAAGACUCAAAAGAUAAUAAUAAUAAUAAUAAAGUGAAUCUCAAUAUUUUUAUGAAUGGAAACAGUGGAAACAGAAAUGGUGACGGGUAAGUUAAACCAUUAAUUUUUCUUGAAACAAUUUUUGAAGAGUAUCCAAUUCGGUUGUUGUGAACUUCAACUUCAAUGAACAAAAUAACAGUGAGCAAAAUAACGAUUCUCUUGAAACCACAGAUGGAAGUGCUGCAAGUGUUAUUGGAAAAGCAAUUGAUGCUGCAAAAGAUAGCAUGACUUCUAUAAACUCGACUUCAUUUGAUGAUUCGGAAUUUGGAGAGGUAUAUCAUGUAACAACAGCUUUUCCCGAACUGGAAUAA